GUCGAGAACGAACGCGUAUUUUAUUUACUCUCCGUUUAGUUUCAUUUUAAUAAUAUCUCGUAAAUAGAAAAACGUAAUUGUGAGAUAAGAAACGUGUGAAUGUGACUGUAGUAUAUUAUUAGAAGGAAUUAGAGGUACACGUUAUGUGGGACUAGAGCAGGGAAUAUGUGUUUAGUGAAGUGAGUGAUAUUUUUUGCGGAUAUUCGGCGCCAGAAUGUCUGACGAGCCUGAAGCCAGGAUGUGGGAUGAAGGGGCUUCUCGAUACGAAUCCCGAAGCCGCGGAGCCUACUUCGAGUCCGCUUUUGCAUCCUCAGAGCACCUGGACAGAGCCCCUUUGUUGUCUGAGGAUGCGUACACGGAGGUGUCAGUGGGGACAGGCGCGGGGGCGGAGCCCGAGAUGGCGGAGCAUUGCCACUGGAAGUGCCGCACGGAGCCCCCUAGCGCCGUGCCGCAGCUGUUGGCCGCGCUCGUGCUGUGCUCGCUCUUCAUGCUGUGCGAGCUGGUGGGCGGCUACGUGGCGGGCAGCCUGUCGGUGAUGUCGGACGCCGCGCACAUGCUGAGCGACUGCGGGGGCUUCGCCCUCGCGCUGCUCGCCUUCCACUGCGCCAAACGGCACCCCGACCACCACAUGUCCUACGGGUACAAACGGGCUGAGGUCCUGGGCGCGAUGGUGUCAGUCCUGCUGAUCUGGGUGUUGACCGGGAUAUUCGUGUACGUGGCUGCGGCCCGGCUGCACAGCGGCGAGUACAACGUGGAGCCGGACUACAUGAUGCUGGUCUCCGGCUGCGGGGUCAUCUUCAAUGUCAUCCUCGCGCUGGUGCUGCACGGCUGCGCCUCGGAUAUAGCGCACCACCACUCGCACGGCGGCGCCGCGUGCCGCGCGCACGCGCACGCCGCCCCGCCCCCCGCCCCGCGCCCGCGGUGGGCGUGGCGCGCGCACAAGCACGCACACACCAACGGCUCGCUCAACGGAGACUACACCAUGAAGGAGCUGACAAGCGACGUUGCUGUUAGUAACGCCCAGCCUAGGAACAUAAACCUGCGUGCGGCUCUCAUCCACGUUAUAGGAGACCUCAUACAGAGCUGCGGAGUGCUGCUAGCCUCCGUGAUCAUCAAGUUCUAUCCGUCCGCGCAGUUCAUCGACCCGGUGUGCACGUUCGUGUUCAGCGUGCUGGUGCUGCUGACGUCGGCGCGGGUGGUGAGAGACGCGCUCAACAUGCUCAUGCAGGCCGUGCCGCCCGGGUUCAGAUACCGGGAGCUAGUGUCGGCGCUGGCGGCCAUCCCGGGCGUCCGCCACGUCCACUCGGUCCACGUGUGGGCGCUCUCCACGCACCACGUCGAGAUGACUGCGCACGUCGUUGUGGACGAGCUGACGGAUACGGAGCAAGUGCUGCGUGCGUGCCAGCAGCUGGCUCGGCGCGACUUCUCGCUGUCGGCGGCCACCGUGCAGGUGGAGCGCGCGCCCCCCGUGGCCGCCUGCCGCGCCUGCCGCCAGCCGCCCGCCGCCACCUGACACCUGCGGACGCUCUCGCACUAGCCGCAGGAUAUCUCUGUGAGCUAAGCAGCGUGGCAGACGUUUGACGACGGUACAACGCGGUGGUAAGUGAAGUGAAAUGCGGGACUGAUUAUGAUGGCUAUGAUAAAUUAAUGUUGUUACGAUGUUGUGUGUUGUUUUAAUACUAUUACGCCAAUACCGUUACCAAGUUAAUAAGUGGCUUUGUAUUAUAUUUUUACUGUAUAUUUGUGAAAGCAUUCGAUACUGUCAAAUCAGAUUUGGUAAGCGGACCCUGUGGAAAACGGGAUGACGAGGGAGAUAGAUAUCUAUAUAAAAAAAUCAGGCUAGUAUUUUUCUGUAAGAUGUAAAAGUAAGUAAGUAUUAUGUGACCACAUGCAAUUUGGCCGAACGGUGAUUUAUUUAAAUUUCGAGCGUAGGUAGGUUGACAAAAAAAAAACUAAAGAGCAACGUAACGGUACUGGCGUAAUUACUACAAUUUUCAAAAACAGAAUGUCCUUAAGUAAUAAAAAAAAUUCUGACAUAAUUACAAUGAAUAAUAUAAUUACAUUAUUAAAAAAAUAUAUAUGAAGUUUUACACACUUAUUCGGCUCGGCAUUCCGCUAUUUUAAUUCGGCCCGGGUUUUCCCUAAGUUAAUUCAGCCCGGCUGCGGCUUUUCCCUAUGUUAAUUCGGCCCGGGGUUUCGCCGUGUUACUACGGUCUUGCCGAGAAUCCGUGGGGAAUCAGUGUGUAGUGCUCUUAAAUUAUUGUGAGUGUUGUUAUAUUUUGUUAUUAAGGAUGUUCUGAAACAAUUUUGUAUAUUAUAAUUAAUAAAAAAACACCAAAAAAUUAAACAAUUUUGUACUCAUUUUUCGUCGUUUUGUUGACCCACGAAAAAUGAGUCAAAAUUUGUAAUGUUAAAAUAAUACUUAUAAGUGUACAGUGGACGCCGAAGAGUUUUUUUUAAUUAAUUUAAAUUGUUUUUUUUUAAUAUGUGUUUAUGACGUAAUAUAUUUAAAGAGAUCGGUAUUUUAAUUUCAAAAAAGGAAUUUUCGAAUUAGUAUAUUAUUUAUUUAUUUUAAAUUCUGCAUAAUAAAAAAGCAUAAUAUUAUACAGAAGAUCUCAAAAUUACAAUUUACUAAGACUUUUUAUAGAACAGCAACAAAAUUGUAGGUAUUUUCAAUUACGCAGAUAAUUACAAUUAAAUAGUGCCAAUUUUUAAAAGACUAGGUAGUUUGCAGUUGUUUGAAGACUCGUUAAUAUAUAUAUAUUGGACAGAUUGAAUAUUAAAUUACAAUUAUAAUAUAAAAUAAUGUUUUGUAAAAUAAAUAUUUGCUACAAUAAGAUAUCCAAAAUAGUGAAUUGACAAAUUUUGAAAAGAAAGUAUGAUUAAUAUUGAUACCUGAUAUUAGGGUUGUCCGGUUUAUUGUACAGGGGGUUAGGGACACCGUACCGAAUACUGAAGGGGAUGAUUCAGUUCAUGAUUCUGAGUUAAUACCAAUUUUGAUUGUAAAAGUAUGAAAUUGAAAAUAAUUUUAAAAGACACAAUAAAAUAUAUUGAUAUCAAAUCAGUAUAAAGGUCUGAAUCAUCCCCCAAAGUUUUCGUAUUAUUCACCCUGUAUUACUUACGUGUUACUCACUCCUAUAAGGGUAGGCAGAGUCAACAAAAGCCAUCUCAUAAGAUAAUCUACAUCCUAAAAUUUUGCUCUAAAAACUUUAAAUUAACUUUUCAAGGAUUUGAACCCACCGCUCUCGAAGAAGAAUAUUUUUCUCAUUUAAUUUCUUUUCAAAAUUGGUCAAAUAAUAUUGGUAAUUGUGAAAUAAAAGUAACGUUAUAAUAACAGGGUGACCCAAACUGUUGUCUAGCGACUGCGAUUGACCAAAAAUGUUCACAGUAUUAAUUCGAUAAUAAAACUUAAAUUAUAUUUAAUGUUCUCGUUACUGACGUAAGUUGAACGUAAUUUUGCAGUAAUUGGGUAGUUUCCUAGGUCAAAGAUAAAUUAUGAAAUUCUAAUUAAGUACUAAAUAAAGACAGAUCUAAAGGUGACAAAAAACGUUUUCUUUUUAACUUAUUUGUGAAUUUUAAUAAAGAAAAAUGUAACAAUAAGUUCGACGUUUUGUCACGUUCUUCUAUGACGUCACAGGUUGCUUUUUCAUAUAAAUUUCUUAGUAAUUUCUCAGCAUUUAUGCAGCAUAUUUUUUUUUGAAAACGUCAGUAACUAAAACAGUCACAAAUUAUAAGUAAUAAUAUAUAAAAAUAAAUUAUUGACAGAAAUGUAUAUAGGUUUUUUUAUAUUUAAAAUGUAGUGUUGCUAUAACUUGGUAGAUGUUGUUUUGUACGUAGAUUUUAGUAGUAUUUAUUAAUGUUAUAAUAUGAAUUAUAAUCGACAAGUUUAGAGAAAAAUAGAUCCCAAAGCAAAGAGUUUGAAUGUUGAGUAUUGGUGAUGUUAUAUUGGUAAAUGAAAAUGUUAACACUUAAAAAGGUCACUAGUACUGUUCUCCGGCUUGCUUCUCAAACGGGGAGCGUCGGUUCGAAACCCGAUACCGGACUUGCACAAAAGAGUUGUUAAUUUAUCUAAGUGCAGUUUUCACUAACACAGUUGGUUCAACCAUUAUACACGGCGAUACAGCUCACCACCUAUGACGUGGGUCUAACAGCUCGGUGAGGUGUGGGUACUUAGUUCAUCUUUCGAUGGAUGUACCUUUGACUACCCUGAUUGGUUAGUUUGGUGGGUCAUUAGUUGUGAGCUUAUUACUUGAAAAUGGCCGGCUUUUUUCUCAAGAGAUAGAUAUAAAGCCAAAGGGAAAUAACCCUUCAUUUUUCUUCACCACAGUUGGGUUUUUUAAGGAGUGUUUAUCGACUUCAAUUCUAAUUUUUAUCGUUAAAAUAACAUGUAAAUUAUGAAGUUGAAGGGCAUUAUACAUCAGUUCGAUUCGAGCACAAUCAAAUGUCGAUUAAUCGGCGAAAUGAGGAGCUCGGUGGCGCAGCGGUUAACGCGCUCGGUCUGCGAUUGUUGAAGUUAAGCGACUUUCGCAAAGGCCGGUCAUAGGAUGGGUGACCACAGAAAAAAAAAGUUUUCAUUUCGAGCUCCUCCGUGCUUCGGAAGGCACGUUAAGUCGUUGGUCCCGGCUGCAUUAGCAGUCGUUAAUAACUACCAAUCCGCACUGGGCCCGCGUGGUGGUUUAAGGCCCGAUCUCCCUAUCCAUCCAUAGGGAAGGCCGGUGCCCUAGCAGUGGGGACGUUAAUGGGCUGGUGAUGAUGAUGAGUCGAUGAAAUGACGAUUAGUUGUUAACAGCCUUACGCUUCUCUGCAGUGGCGUCCCUAGCAAAAUAUUCAGGUGGUGCGAAAAUUCGAAAAACAUUUUUCGAUUAGUUCACGGCCGAAAUAUACCUAAUUAAAUCUUUUGAAAAUUACGUUUACGGACCCCCAUUAAAUGUAUGAGAUUUGUGUGGCCGCUAAGAGGUCUAAUUCACAGGGCAGGUGUGCCCAAUCCAGUUACUCCCCUGUAGAUCCGGGGCUGUCUGCCAGGGUGGUCCCGUCUUGGUUGAUUGAAGUAGUCGUUACAUGAGCCAUGUCAGCGGCCUUUGGCGGCUCAAUAGUAACCCUGACACCAGGGUUGAUGAGGUUGGUGCUCCACCUCACAACCCACACGAUAGAAGAUUUUUUCAACUUAUAUGAAGCCGUACCGACUCGAUCUUCUGUGUAAUGCCCUUUAACAUUCCUUCGAUAAAAGAUAAAAGUUGAUAAAAAAAAAGAUAAAAGAGAUAAAAGUUAAGGGUGGUAUUAAUAAACGAAUCUCAGCUGCGACUGCCCUCAAGAUCAUGCUCAAGUCUCUGUUUUUAUAUGAGAACUGUCACAUUGACAUGGUCUUGAGGGUAGUCUCGAAGCUGAGAUUGAUGAUGAGAUGAUGAUGAUGAGAUUGAUGAUGAUGAGGUGAUUAAUACCACCCUUUAGACUUAAAUCAAUAUGACAUCGUUAAACUAAUUCUAUAAGACAGUUUAGUAUGUUUUUGUACUUAUUAUUUAUGUUUUUUUUUUGUUAACAAUAAGACAUUUUGUGUAUAAUAGUCGUAAUUCAUGCUCAAAUAGCGAUUUAAUGUGAUAGAACUUGUAGUUAGGACUUGAAAAUUUUGCGCAUUCCUGUAGAAUAUUCAAUUGAUAAAUAGGUUUUUUAUAAAACUUCUAACAGGCAUCUUUACCUGGUUUGGUUUUCUAUAUAUUGAAAUAACGCCCGUAGCCUAAUUGGGGUGGUCAGAGCCACAAGCCAUCAAUGUGACCACGUGUAACGGUGCGUACAGAUUGGUGAAAAGUAACAUGAAAUGACACGUUUCGCCUUUCAAUGCAUGUUUGUUGCAACGUGAACGCAUCUUUAGGCUUUAUUACAUUACGCGAUUCAUCGAACCCUAAAAUCAUCCAUGUCACCAACAUCCUGUAUAAAUCUAACACGGCGAUACGGCUCACCACCUAUCGCGUUGGUCUAAAAGCUCGGUGAGGCGUGGGCACUCGUUCCUCUUGCGAUGUACGAUAAGGUGCCAAAGUCCAAUCAGUUUCUUGCAAAGUAAUAAAUAAGACCACCUGGUUACAUGUCAUUUCUGUAAUAGACCAAAACACCUACAAAAAUAUAAAUUUUAUAAUUAUGACAACUAAUAGUUCAUAAUUUCCCCACUGUUUGCAAAUAAUUCGCUGGGUUCAGUGACUGCAUUUUAGGUCUUUGAUUGUACCUCUGACUACUCCAAUUGCGCAUAUGGUCGUGAGCUUUCGUUAUAAAACUAUCCCCUAAUGCUCUUUCAUACGUUCAAGUGCAAAAGUGACUACACCAUUGCAUUUCUAUAAUCUAGUUAGGUAAGUGGUUGAUAUUUUUAUACCGUGGACAAGUUGCACUCCAUCUUGUCAAAAUGGCUUGUCACUAGCGUAAAUGACAUUUGGGUAAUGUAAUAAUUAUUUUAUUUGUCGCAUAUAAAAUGGUAUAAAUUGUAUAUUGUUCAAAAUUGACAGACUUGUUGUGAAAGUAAAAUGGCAGUGGAGUUUACAAUGGUGUUGAUUCCGGUACGGUCACGAGCAUUAAUAUGUAUACACUUUGGUACCAUGUCACAUUAACUUUUUUGACAAAUUGAACUGUAAGUCUCACUAAAUGUCAAAUAUGUUAGUGCGACAGAGUCCUAAAGUGGGUACAUUAUAUUGCUCAUGGCUGUACACACCGUCUGAUUUUAUUUUAAGUUGUACCUGUCAUUUUCUUAUCAGUCGAAAGGGAAUGGGAUGGGUGAAUGUCAAUUUUAAAAUGAAUAUGUGUCACUUAAAAUAAAAUUCAGAGUUGGAAAAAUUUAAAUCGAAAAUAAAAUCUGAUAUUCAAAUGGGACUUGAUCCUGCAGCUCUUGUCCAGCCGAGACAAGCGUGUUAAGCAUUACACCACCGGGGCCUCCUGUCUAUGCGAUUUUUUUCGAUCUAUAUAUCGUUAGGGUUCAUAAAUGUUAUCCUAGGUCUACCCUUUCCUCUCUUCCCUUCAAUUUUUCCUUCUAUAAUGUUUGUUAUAAAUGAAUCGUGUCGUAUCAGGUGGCCAAUCAUAUUUCCUCUCCGGUUCUCUAUAGUCUUCAAUAUGGUUCUCUUUUCUUCAACUCUUUCCAGCACAAAUAAAAGAGAAGGUGCAGGUCGUGUCGUAUCGGGAGGUUUUGGCGGGAAGAAGAGAGGAAUGGUGAUUACUCCACCGACAAGAGCGCAGCUCUUAAAUAAAGAGAGAUAUCGUUAGGGUAUAAUGGUUAACACACUUGUCCCGGCUUGACAAGAGCUGCGGGUUCAAGUCCCGUCCGAGUCAGAUUUUUUUUAGAUUAAAAUUUUCUCUUUGUGAGUUUCUUAUAAAAACAAAAAUCUAAUUAAGAGGUGUCUGCGGAAUCAGGGCCAUACACAGCCUAUAUAUCUCUCACUGCUGGGCAUAGGCGUCCCCUCACUCAGUUGACUGAGGGGAGCUGUUGGAUGGAGCUUACUCCACCACGUUGCUAUAUGUAUGUCUCUUUCGCACCAACGAUGAAAACUUAAUGCGGAAGAGAGACGUGAGAUAUGAGAGACUACAUAAUACUCUGACACUGUUAUUGUGCAAAUUGACUUAAGUAUUAAUCACUUUAAUAUUGCUAAAAAUAUGUCAGUUUUAGGCCUGCGGGAUUAAAAAGGCCACAUCGAAGCAAUUCAUCUAAAAAGCAAUAUUGCGAUUUCACAUUUGCGUAUACAAAAGUAAGUGCGCAACGCAAAGAAAUGUCAAAUAGGAAUAUUGCUUUUCAAGGUGAAUUGCUUCAAUGCAGCAUGUUAUAUCAGUAUUUCCAAAUUGUACAAUAAAAGUAAAUUAUAUAAUAAACUUUUUUUAGCAAUGUUAUAUGUGGUAUUGACAUUAAAUUGCCAAAUUGUGUAACCAAAAAAGUAUUUUUGUAAAUUGUUUGUGAAUACUAUAAUAAUAAUAUAUUGAAGGGACAAGUUAAUUGAACUUAAUUUGCAGUUGAAUGGUAGAGUUAACGCAUUCUCCGUCCCUGUUCAAGUAUAUUGGUCCUGUUGUAAGCAUUGUAAUGGAAUUAAAUGAAAUUAUUAAUGGA